AUGAUACCCAGGGAAGAAACGGCCAAUGAUGAACCCGUGUUUGCACUUGGCACAAUGGUCGUCACUGUCUUCAGCGGCGACACAUGCAGUGGUUCCAACAGUCAAUUCACUGUCACGAACGGUGGCUAUCGAUGUGUUGCCGUCAGCAAUGCGAGAUCUCUCUCGGUCUCGGGAAGCAACUGCUAUGUCACUACCUGGAGCGGGACGGACUGCCGCGGCAGUUCGUAUAAUGUUCAGUAUCAAGGUUGCCAUGGGGUUUUGUUCGGUUCGGUAGAGGUGAGGUGCCUGUAG